CUUUCUGAAAUUUCUCUCUACACAUGUGCCUUAAUAAAUUAUGAUAAUUAAUUAUGAUUAAUUCUGAGAAAAAUGAAGGCAAGUGUGAAAUGUAUUGUAAAGUAGUCAGACAUUCCCAAUAUCAAACUCUUACACAUUUUCAGAAAAUAACGAAUAUAUUGUUAUACAUCGCUUGGAAUUAACCUAAAUAAGGACACGGUUAUGUUUCUGUUAUGAAGCAUAUUAAUAACCACAGAAUAAAUAAAGUUAAUAAUUUUAGUUAUCAAAUCGCUGGAAUUUCUUUUUUUUUUCCAAAUUAUGUAUAUCCAAGCAUCACUAUAGUAAAUUAUUUAUUAAUCAUAUCGUAGAAGAAAAAAUAUACCAUCAUAUCUAAAAGGGGCAGCAAGUUAAGAUACGUUUCAGAGAACCGGAGACUUUUAAAACGCCGACUUUAGUUCAGCUUUUCACGUUCUGAAACACGGCCCUUGGGGACGUCCCAUAAACAUAGAGCUGAAAGGAGAAGGGAGGAGUGCAGUUGUGAAUAGGGGUGGGGGAUGAUCACUGUUCUCAGAAACAUUUCCAAAUAUCAGAAACCUGCGGUCAGGCCAUUAAAGGAAAGAGGUCGCUCUGCCUCUCGCGGCAAAAAAAAUGAGAUAGCUGGACCUAAAGAGAGACGAGAAACGACUAGUUUUGGUUAAUUAUUGUUAAUAUAGUUCAGACAAACGUUUGCGAUUUAAUGAUAAACGUUUAAUAAUUAAAAGUUUUCAAUUAUGAACCCAGCUGUUGAGGUAAUGGCUUUUUUCCUGGGUUUUAUUGGAUGGGUGAUGUCUGGUAUCGCCAUUCCCCAUCGAUUCUGGAAGGUAUCGUCAGUGGAUGGAAACAUUAUUACUGCAGCGGCUGUAUAUGAGAAUUUGUGGAAGUCCUGCGCAACCGACUCCACCGGGGUCCACAACUGCCAUGAAUUUCCGUCAAUGUUAGGCUUAUCCGGUUACGUCCAGGCGUCGCGUGCGCUCAUGAUCGCGUCUAUUGUGCUGGGAACCUUCGGGCUCAUCGCGACACUGGUGGGCAUGCAGUGCUCCAAAAUAGGAGGAAAGAACUACAUCCUGAAGGGACGGAUAGCUGCACUUGGAGGCGUCUUCUUUAUUUUGCAGGGUCUAUGCACCAUGAUUGCUGUGUCUUGGUAUGCUUUUAACAUCACUCAGGAUUUUUUUGACCCCCUCUAUCCUGGAACUAAGUUUGAGAUAGGAGAGGGGCUGUAUAUCGGCUGGUGUUCAGCCACACUGGCCUUGAUAGGAGGAUGCUGCUUGUUGUGUGCCUGUGGAAGUGGAAACAAACAGGAAAAACGACCAUAUCCUUACCAGACUCCCACCAGAGGAACAGCCUACACAACCUCAGUCAUGUCCCAGGAACAACCCAACCACUAUGGCCGCAACUCAUACGUGUAAGGAGAAUGCAGGGGCAACAGGACUAUAACUAUGAUCACACAUUAAAAUGAAUAAAUUCCCUGUUUUCAUGGAGUUUGUUAAAUCCAAAAAGGAAACACACUGAUUUAUGGAUGAUUAAUUAUCUGUGCAAACCCACUGAGAGAACAAUUAACUUGACACAGAGCAUAACCACCUGUAGUGCUACUGUGAUAAUGUGUGCUGUAGUGUAGUGUACUGUAGCUCACCUGGUAGAGCAAAGUGCAAGGAACAAUGAGAUUAAUUCCCAGGAAGCAGACAUACUGUCUCUCUGAUAAACAUGCACUGGAUAAGUGUUGGCCAAAUGCUAUAAAUGUAGUGUUUCUGUGCCCAAGUGCAACCAGCUGUAGCACUCAUGUGUUCAAUUGUAACAAGCUGUAGUUUUCCUGUACUGAAUAACCUGCUGGGUUCCUUCACAUCAACAGCUGCACAUUUGCUACACUGCAGAACAGAAACAUACCAUGAAGCAGGGUCAAAAAUUCCUAUGUCAUAUAAUCUAAAAAUGCUGGCUUUGAGAACACUGAAUGAUCAAAAACAGAAUUUGCAUUAAUCAACCAAAAAACUGAUGCGGUCCA